UUGGAGCAACAGAACACAUUGCAAAGCCCCUUAAUUAUAAGCCUGAAAAGCAAAGCUAAAGAAACCAUGGCAAACCUCGGUUUCUUCCUCUCCUCUCUUCUAGUCCUGGCAGCCCUGCAUGGCACCCAUGCAGUGGAGUACGUUGUCACGAACCGGGCGGAAACAACCCCAGGCGGUGUCCGCUUCAACAAUGAGCUGGGCGUCGACUACACUAGGGAAACAAUGCUGACCGCCACCAACUUCAUAUGGAACCUCUUUCAACAAAGCAACGACGCGGACAAAAAGAGCGUCGAGCGUGUGAGCCUCUUCGUGGAUGACAUGGAAGGGAUUGCGUACACUAGCAACAAUGAAAUUCACUUUGGUGCGAACUAUAUCGGAAACAUAACGGCGGAUAUCAAGUGGGAUUUCAAUGGGGUGCUUUACCAUGAAAUGACACACAUAUGGCAGUGGAGCGGGCCCACAGGAGUGGUUGAAGGAAUUGCUGAUUUUGUGAGGUUGAAGGCUGAUUACGCACCUUCUCACUGGGUACAGCCAGGAGGAGGGGAUCGGUGGGACGAGGGCUACUCCGUGACGGCGCGGUUUCUAGACUACUGCAAUGGUCUUAGGGAUGGGUUUGUGGCGGAGCUCAACAAAAAGAUGAGAGAUAGUUAUAGUGACAACUACUUUGUAGAGCUACUAGGGAAGACAGUUGAUCAACUUUGGAGUGACUACAAGGCCCAAUACGGAAAUUAGGCCAGCUUAGCUAUAGCUUAUAUAUAUUAGUAUGUCAAUUAAUGUGAAUAAGAUGAUUGAGAUGCAGUAUUAAUUUAUCGUCAUCACAAAAUAAAGACACUUUUGAAAUAAA